UAUUGCCUAUACCCCGUCGCGAUCUCUCUCUCCACGACUGUCCAAGUCGUUGUUCUCUCCUUUCCUUCAUCUCAGUUCGUCCUCCACUCUGAUCGAUUGGUUGCUUUAAGAUUUCAACAAAUCUUUUCAUCCAAGACUUUAAAGAUCUCCACUCCAAGCCUCCAAUAUUGAUCUUCAAACUUGGGUCUGUUGUGGCUUUUCUUCUUCUCCCUUUUCUAUUCUGAAAAUCGAUUUUUUCUUGCAAGAUUUGGGUAUUGUGUUGCAAGAUCUGUCAAGUAUUACUUUGAUUUUGCUUCUAAAUAAUUUUUAUUGAUCAGAACGUUAAAUGUUAUUUAUCUGUUGCAAAUGCUUUUCUUGUAUCUCUUUAUAUCUCUGCAUUCUCUUCAUCUUUUGAAUGUCGCUUACAACUAAGGUCACAUUUGGCUGCCACGAGGUCCCCAUCGAGUCUUGCUCCUUUUUGGCAGGCUAGUCUUACGAUUCUUCGUGGAAAUGGUCCCAAACUUUACCGCGGAGGCUGCCACUGUCCUUGCAGUGUUAGUGCGUGGGAAGUUGCUUGAACUCGGCAUUCAUAUAUGAAGCAGAUGGAGAAGGGUUUGAAAGGAUCCGAUACGAGAAGGAAGAAUUAGAACACAACGAAGAUAAGAGCAAAGCAGAAGGAUACUGAAGGACGACGGAUCAUCCUAUGGAUGAGCACUUUACGAGAGUGCGACCAAAGAACCCGUCAAGCGAAGCUCUUGAAAGAUGGAGGAAGCUAUGCGGCAUAGUGAAGAACCCCAAACGACGCUUUCGUUUCACCGCCAAUCUCGCACAUAGGGCCCGGUAUGAUGUGUUCUUGAGCUUCAGAGGCGAAGACACUAGAGCGACUUUCACCUCACAUCUCGACGCCGCUUUAAGGAACGCUGGGAUUCUCGUUUUCAAAGAUGAUGCGGACCUUCCUAGAGGGAAUGCAAUCUCAAGUGAAUUGUCACGAGGAAUUGAACUUUCUACCAUUUCAAUCAUUAUCUUCUCCAAAGAAUAUGCUGGUUCUAGAUGGUGCCUCAACGAGCUCUCACGAAUCAUGGAGCUUCACAGAGCACAGGGUCGAGUUGUUCUGCCUGUGUUCUAUGGGGUGGAUCCUUCUGAAGUUCGUAAUCAAAUCUCUGGUUUUGGAGAAGCGUUUCAAGAUCUAAUACAAAGAAGUUCACUCACGGAAGAAGAAGUGUUGAGGUGGAGAACAGCUCUCCGUGAAGCCGGGGGCAUUGCAGGGCUUGUUGUGCUCAAUUCCAGGAAUGAAAGUGAAGAUAUCAAGAAUAUCGUUGAGCAUGUCAAUAAAAUAUUGGACAAGAAAGACUUGUUUAUUGCUGACCAUCCUGUUGGAGUGGAUUCUCGUCUACAGGAUUUGAUUAAAGCAUCAGAAAGCCAUUCAUCAAAUGAUGUUCUCUUGCUAGGGAUAUGGGGAAUGGGCGGUAUAGGUAAAACAACAAUUGCCAAAUCCAUUUAUAAUGAAAUUGGUCGAACAUUUGAGAGUAGAAGUUUUCUUUCAAAUAUUAGGGAAGUUUGGGAGAGAGAUAAUGGUCCAAUUAACUUACAGCAGCAACUUCUUUUAGAAAUUUGUAAAACAACAAAGAUGGAAAUAUUUAGCAUUGAUUUUGGAAAAGUCAAAUUGAAGGAAAGUCUUUGCCAUAAGAGAGCACUUGUUGUGCUUGAUGAUGUGAAUAAGGAUGAGCAACUGAAUGCUUUAUUUGGAAGUCGUGAAUGGUUUGCUCCAGGAAGUAGAGUAAUUGUCACAACUAGAGAUAAGCAUUUGCUCAAUGUUCUUAAAGUGAACCAUGUAUAUGAAAUGGAAAAGAUGGACCUGAGUGAAUCUAUUGAGCUUUUCAGUUGGCAUGCUUUUAAGCAACCAAGUCCUAGAAAGGGAUUCAUUGAACUUUCUAGAAAUGUAGUUGCUUAUUCUGGAGGACUGCCACUAGCUCUUCAAAUCCUUGGUUCCUAUUUAUGUGAUAGGGAAGUGAGAGAGUGGAAGAGUGUACUAGAGAAACUAAAAAAAAUCCCCAAUGAUGAGAUACAAAAGAAGCUAAAAAUAAGUUUUGAUGGGUUAAGUGAUGACACGGUGAAAGAAAUCUUCCUUGAUGUAUCUUGCUUCUUUAUUGGAAUGGAUAGGAGUGAUGUCACAAAGAUAUUGGACAGUAGCAGACUAUUUCCAGACAUUGGAAUAAGUGUCCUUGUGGAGCGGAGCCUUGUAACUAUUGAUGAGAAGAACAAGCUUGGCAUGCAUGAUUUGCUGCGAGAUAUGGGGAGAGAAAUAAUCCGAGAACGAUCACCUAAAGAGCUUGGAAAGCGUAGUAGGUUAUGGUCUCAUGAAGAUGUGCUUGAUGUAUUAUCAAAACAAACUGGUACAGAAUUUGUUGAGGGGCUAGCUUUGAAUCUGUCGCAAACCAAUAAAGAUUAUUUUUCUACCAAAGCAUUUAAGAAGAUGAAGACACUCAGAUUGCUCUGCCUUGGUAAUGUGGAGCUUGAUGGAGACUACAAAUACAUUAGUAGAGAUCUCAGAUGGCUUUGUUGGUAUGGGUUUCCUUUGAGAAACAUCCCUGCCAACUUAUAUCAGAAAAAUUUAGUUGCAAUUGAGUUAAAAUAUAGUAGCCUCAAACAAGUUUGGAGGGAACCCCAGUUAUUGGAGAGGCUGAAAAUCCUGAAUUUUAGUCACUCCCCUUUCUUGAUGCAAACUCCUGACUUCUCAAAACUACCAAAUCUUGAAAAGUUGAUUCUUAAAAAUUGUCCAGAUUUGUCCAUUGUUCAUCCUACCAUUGGACAUGCCAAUAAACUGCUUCUAAUAAACUUGAAGGAUUGUACUAACCUCCGCACUCUCCCGAGAAGUAUCUAUAAUUUAAAAUCCCUAAAAACUCUCAUUCUGUCUGGUUGUGCAAGGAUUGAAAAGUUAGAAGAAGACAUAGAGCAAAUGGAUUCCUUGACAACUCUGAUUGCUGAUGACACUGCAAUAACACAAGUGCCUCUUUCUUUGACUAGGUUAAAAAGCAUUGGCUAUAUAUCUCUUUGUGGCUAUAGGGGAUUGUCACGUGAUGUGCUUCCUACUCUCAUUUGGUCAAGGAUGUCCCCAACAAAUAAUCCUUUAUCUCUAAUUCCAACACAUGUGGGCAUGCCAAUUUCCUCGGAUAUGUUGAAUAGCAAUAUGGGUGGUCUUUCAUUUAUUUCUACUAACUUGGCAAAACUACAAAGCCUUUUGUUGGAAAUCAUAUCACAGAAUGACCCUGAAAUGAUUCGAGGUGCUGCCAAAAUUUUGGGGUCCUUUUAUGCCAGAAUUUGCAUGGACAUGGCAACAAUAUCAAAUACUUCAAAAAUCUUAGAGACUGAAUCUUCUGUGUUAUCUAGUCGUGAUAGUGAGGUUCACAUCUCAAGAUCAGAAAAUUGUUUGAGACAUCUUCUAAUUCAAAUAGCAAAGAAUGACCAAGUCACUGCUACUCUUCUAGAGAAUAUUUCACAGGGAUUGACUCCUAGUAGGUAUGGUGAUGUUUGUGUCCUCCCUGGUGACAUAUAUCCCUAUUGGCAAAGUUUCAAGGGUGAAAGAGCUUCUGUGAAAUUUAAAGUGCCUCGAGUUAGUGGUCGUGAUUUAAAAGGGAUGAUCAUUUGUUGUGUAUAUUUCCCUUCAGGUGAUCUGGAAAAGAUGGCUUUUGAAUCUUUUAUUAGCAUGAUGAUCAUAAAUUAUACAAAGACAACCACUCUGCACUACAGGCAAGAUUCACUGACUUCAUUUGAAGAAGCAGAGUGGAAGGAAAUAAUAUCAAAUCUAAACCCAGAUGACCAAGUGGAGGUGAUUGUAGUUUUUGGUAAAGGACUCACUGUAAAAUGGACAGCAAUCUACUUGAAAUAUUACGAGUCAUUUGAUGAACAGAUGGAACAUCCACCAUCACCAAGCAGAGAAAUGUGUAGAGAAGACAAAGGCCAUGAUUUUGAGCUCUCGGGUUGUCCCAAAAACAAAAACAAGGAAAAGAAAAAGAAAAAGAAAAGAGCUCUCGGAGAAGAGAAAGUGGUGGAUUUCCACGAUCCAGUGAAGGGGUCCAGGAGGAUAGGACUUGCACUGAUUAAACAUUUGUUCCUUAUUUUUGUAUUAGUAUUUUUGUCUUUUUUGUUUUAUAUGAUUUCUUAAAUUAUCUGGGGUUCUAGAAAAACUCCAUACAUAAUUUGUUUCUUAUCUUGAUAAAUUACGUUUAAUAUUUUUUAUCAGUAAUGAGCAUACUUUAGUUGGUGUAUAA